AUGUUGGCGGUUCGCUCGCCGGGGGACACAGGGGCAACUGAAAAGCCCAUCGUUCUGCUGUGGUUCUGGCCUCUUGGUGUGAGGUUUGAUUUCCAAAUCUGCUCAAGCCACUUCAACAUUGAUGACUUUAUUCUGACUGAUAACAGGUCAUUGUACAGCCAAGCAGAGGGAGUUAUCUACUACCAGAAAGGCAUAAACUGGUAUUUGGAAAACAUGUCCAAGGAGCCACGUCCACAUUUUCAGAGAUGGAUUUGGUUCAAUGUGGAAUCUCCCACGAACACGGCGAAAAUACCAGGUCUGGAAAAUCUGUUCAACUUAACAAUGGGCUACAGACGAGAUGCUGACAUCACAGUGAGAAAUGAGGUGACAAUCAAGGAAACAGAGACCAAGGAGGAAUUUGUUCUGCCCAAGAAAGACAAAGUGGUUUGUUGGAUUGUCAGUAACAGCAACCCAGCUAGUGGAACAUCUGCGAGAGAGAAAUAUUACACAGAACUGUCCCAACACAUAAAGGUUGAUGUCUUUGGUGCUGCUUUUAAUGGACACCAGUUGAAACCUGAAGACUAUUACCCAACCCUUGCGAGUUGUAAGUUUUAUCUCUCAUUUGAGAACUCGCUCCAUGUGGACUACAUUACGAAGAAGGUCAACGGACCCCUCGCAGUAGGGACCGUCCCUGUAGUUCUGGGUUCACCCAGGGAAAACUACGAGCAGUUCCUUCCCAAUGGUUCCUUCAUUCACUUUAAUGAUUUCCCUGACGCCAAAGGUAUGGCAGAGAAUCUGCAACGCCUGGACAAGGACCAUGAAGCAUACAUGAGUUACUUUGAGUGGAGAAGGUAUUAUGAAGUCACUCCUCAUCUUUUGACAAUGAGCAAUGAAUUCAUUCAUCCCGUCUGCCUCGCCUGUGACCACAUCUCAAACUACAAAGAAUACCAUGUUGUCAAUGAUCUUUAUGAGUGGUACUUUAAAAGAAAACCACAGUGAGAGCAUCAUUUGACAGACUAUAAACUAGAACAUAUACUUUUGAUUUGUGUGAUUUCUUUGACAUUUUAUAGAGUAAUGAUUUAAUUAAUCAAUAUAAUUCACAUGGUAACCGUUGAU